AUGCCUCAUAUGGAUUACGCCGUCGAACUUGGACAAGACCGGUGCCAUGACAUUGUCAUGACGAAGUACCGGGAGAGCUGCACCAUUGACGAGGCAACCGGCUGCUGGUUCUUCAAGGGCUCGCGCAACACCGAUGGUUAUGGGCAGGUGUUCGCAAAGAAGUCAUCUCGUGCUGGACUGGGAUUGAAGCUGUCAUUGGGCCCUUGCUAUUACGUCUCUCUUUUUUUUUCUCCUUUGAUGCCGAGCAAAAUCCGCGACAAGCGCAAAGCAAUUAUGUUUCAAUCAAAUUCUACGAGGUACUCAUGGUGCCAAUUCGACUAUGGGAGGCCGAAAAAGCCAAUAAAUGCAACAACUGCGGAUUUAGAGUAUAAAACUCCUGUUAUUCGACCUGAAAUUUUCUCGCGGCUGCCCGUUCGUUCCAGGACGUUCUCACUGCAAAACCGUCAUUCUGUUAUCGACAAUGCAUCCAACGCGCUUCAUUCUGAGGCCGGACAGAGACUACUGACUUUGAGCAGAGAGGAAUGCCUCUUUACUUGGAGCGCCAGGCACCUCCUAGGCCAGUCAGCAUCCGACGGCGAUCUUCGAGACAAGUUGUUCCAAUUUACGCUGUCACCGGAACACAGAAUUCCUACAAUCACCUGUGGGCACAGUGACGGGCAUUUGGAAUCCAAUCCUCGGAUGGCAAUUUCCAACUCGUUUUUCUUGGAUGUGCUCUCGUCCACCCAAAGCUGGCUGACCAGCAAAGUCCAGAACCCUGGUAGCAAAGUAUACCUAGCAAAGUAUGCUGAACAUGUGGAUGAGAUGCAGAAAGCGAGGAGAACUAACUCGUUCAGAAAUCGAGCUCGAAUCGAGGCCGGAGUAACGACCGGCCAAGAGCGGCCUGAUGAUAGCGGCCUUAGAAGCCGUAAUGUCAGCUGGCAAAAGCCCAACAAAAAGAAGGAGAAACGGAAGGAAAGAAGAGUGUAUGUGAGGUGGUUGGAAGAAAUGGCAGGAAUGACGGAGGCCGUCAACUGGAACUCUUUUCAUAUGUUGGCUGAACGAGCAAGUGUUCUAUCUAUCCAGAACAGAGACCCAUCAAAGGUGGACUCCUUGCAGCACGACACUGAAGACAUUCAGUUCUUAAGGGUAUAUCUGGCUAUGGGACGAGAUACCCGUCCAGGCAGUUUUCAACAAAUCGUUGGCAUCUCGAUUCCAGGCCUGGUCGCGGCAUGCAUCGACGACC